AUGGCUAAAGAAAGAAGUCCAAUUAAGGUUCCAUCUGAAAAUGAAUACUUACCUGACAAAGAGAAUGCUCCAGAUUUUGACGAGGACACUUUACAAGGUGAGCUAGGUUCAACUUUGGCUUGAGUCACUGUUAAAACGUUUUCUAUUCCACCAGUUUCAAGAAUGUAAGCAGAUGUGGAGAAUGAUAUAUACACUGCAUGACCACUUUAAAGGAUAUUUGGCCAGUCAUGACUCUUCUAUGGUUACAAUAUGUUGUUCAUUGACUGAGAGGAUCUAUGACAUAUUUGUUAUUUUCUUUUCUCAAAGUUCAAAGCAAGUACACAAAGUUAUAAUAAGUAAAUGCUUUAUUUGAUCAUCAUAUAACAUCCAUUUUGUAAGUUUGCAUCAUAAGUACAUGUACCAUCAUCAUCACCAUCAUCAUCUUUCCAUUAUAUUAUGCAACAAUUAAUUGAAAGUUUCAACUUCCCUUGACACCCAAACAUCAGUAUCCAUAUUCUCCAUACUAUUCUUUGUAUGUUUCUUUUGGUACUGAAAAAGAGAAUUCAUUUGAAGAUCAAUGCUUCUUAGGUUGGUGAUCAUUUCCUUUAUUCUCAUGAGCUUAGUGAAUGAUUCAGCAGUAUUACUGUAAGGAGAAGUGAGAUGCUGGUCGCUCUUAGGGUUUUAAGAGUUAAGGUAGAUAGCGAACUUUCAUGAACAAAUGGCUCAGAAGAAAAAAGUUUACAAGGUCUAGGUUUUAAAGCUUGGUUAAUUAGUUGAAAGUCAGGUUGCUACUUAUUUCAUUUUUUGUAUAAAAAUUGUGUGGGGCAUUUGAACACAUUCUUAAUUUUGCCUGUGGAAGAGGAAUUUUAUGAAACCUAUCUCCAAAAGUUUAAAUUCCUAGGGGUUUGUUUCGAAUAGAGUGAUGCUUAAUUCUCAUCAUUAUUAUUAUCCCUGUUGUCACCAAAUAAAUAUUAAUCUCAUCUUCUUUAUCAUUAUUCUUCUCAUUUAUAUAAUAACUAUUUUUUUAUGAGUAAUAUUGCUUCUGGUUUUUAUGACUGCCACAUUUGGAUCUUAUUGACUCAUUAAUAAGCUAUCUAAAUGUAUUAAUGGCAGUAGACUCUUCUACACUUAUGAUAUGCCAACCCUCCCUGAUUGUCAAGGAGUCUCACAGACACAGAACAAGACUCUGGGUCUGCCAUAUGGGUCAUCAAACCUUUAAGAUAAAAGAGGAUUUGGGUCAGUUCCACACAGAAACAACAUUUGAAUUCCAGAUUUCCCACAUCUAAAGUUAUCUUGCCUUUUGUUAAAAUUAGGGUUCUUAUCUUAAUUUUCUUGAUUGCACUUAGAUUGUUUCAAAGUAGGGAUUACACUUUCUUCCAAACAACAACCACAACAGCAUCUGAGUCUGAUUGGUUGAGCUUUCAACCAAAAAAUCUCCCAUGAAUUUACUGAAUGGGGUGUUUCCUGUGAAGGGGGUGGGGGGGGGUCUGCGCACAUCCUCUAAGCUUUUCAGGGGAUGGGUCAAGUCAGGCAGGUGCAAAAGUGGCAGCUGGCACAAAAGGAAAAAUCUUCAGAUUUUAAAUCUCCAGAUCUUGGCAGCUCUGCUCAUACACUAAUUAAUUACAACCACAGAUAAUUAUUGACUACAACCACAGACUUUAACACAAAUUAUUUUUUAUUUUUUCUUUGCAGCCAUAGCUAAUGUUUAUAGGAAUGAGGGUAAUGAGGCCUUCAAGAAAGGAGAUUUCAUCAAUGCUAUUCAUUUUUACACUAAAGGAAUUAAAAUGAACUGCAAUGAGAAAGAACUGAAGGCCAAACUGCACAACAACAGGGCUAUUGCACAUUUUAAACUUGGUAAGAUGAUGAGAGCUUUAAUAUGCAUCAGUAGUUUUCUGAGAUAGGUGAUAAUUUUUGAUGCAUGCCCAGAAAAAAUAUACAUCUUAUCUUAAUUGGCCUUGCAAAUAUACAAAGAAGUCACCUCUUACCCCAGAUAUCAGUGAGCAUCGCAAGUUUUUCCCAAAAUUAUUGUAAUGGAGUGGUGGUUGGUUUGCUACAUGUAUGGCUAAUCAGAGAUAUUUAUUUUGAUAACAGGGAAUCACCAGGAUUCACUAAGGGAUGCAGAAGCAGCCAUUGAGUUAAAUCCAACUUUCCUUAAGGCAAUUGUGAGAGGUUAGAUAUGUUAGCUGUGCUAUAAUAAUAAUAAUAAUAAUAAUAAUAAUAAUAGUAAUAACAAUAAAAGAAUAACUCAACACUCUAAGGUUAAAUGAGAUUAGAUGAAGCUCAAUCUUGUCUCAACAUUUGAACCCAGCUCUUGACUGCUACACAACUACUUUCCAUUAAUUAUGAUGAGAAUAUUAUUUUGAGCUGGAUGAAGAACUCAAUGCAGAAUGCAGAGCAAAAUUUCAGCAGGAGUAUUUUAGUUCCUUAAGCUAACUGAGAGAGGUAGUCACAGGUAUCAGAUAUGUUAAGUCACUAUCUAGCUGUUUUAAAAAGAAGUAAGGAUCAGGACUUACCUAACUCUUUAGGUAAGGAAUUGUCGGUCCCAAUUUAAAUGUUCUUAGAAGUUUCAGUUAUCUUAAAAGCUAAAUAAAUCUAACUGAAACCUGAUAGGGCCUGUUUAUUCUUUUCCAUUUAGUUAUUUUGCUUUGUUUUGUUUUGUAAUAUUUUUUUUGGUCUGUAAUGAUUUAUGUGGAUUCAGGCUCUUUUUUCAGAAUUGAGCUACAGUAAUAAUAUGCUUCUUUACGUUGUUGCCCAUAGGAACCACUGCUUGUGUUGAAUUGAAGAGAUUUGAAGAAGCAAUCACUUGGUGUGAUAAGGGACUAGCUGUAUCCUUUGAAGGAAUCUUUCAUUUUUAA